AUGGCAGACGAUCUCCUCAACCGCGUCGAGCAGGCGCUUCGCGAAGACCCGGAAACAACUACACUAGAUACCAAGCUCUUUGAAGAGGCCGAACUCUUACUGCCUUCAUAUCUGGCUCCUCCAACAUAUACAACCAACAAUGCUGGAUCCGCGGAACAAGUCGUCGUCCCUGGCCAAGUCUCCACCUCCAAUAGCGACGGGCUGUGGGAGAAGCGUCUCCUCCUCAUGCGCCACCUUGCCGCCGACCUCAUGGACUCCCGUCGCAGCAACCACACUCCCGUCGUCAACCUCCUGAUCAAACUCUUCAACGGCUUCACCUGGACCCAGGUCUGCGAAUUCGGUACAAGUAGUAUUCCGUACAAGGAUGGUCUAGGCGUGGGCGAAGGGAUGACGAGUUUCAAUCGCUUGAUGCUUUGUCUCUUGGGCAAAGCAAGGGGUAAAGCGAGCGAUGCUGAGCAAGCGGCUGGAAUGUUGGAGGUUAUGAUCGCGGUUGUGAGGUUGUGGUUGACGACGCCUGAUACGGGGAUUAGUAUGCAGGCGGGCGAGUUGCUGUUUGAUUUGUUGAAGGUUGAUGUGCCGCCGCAGCCUGCACAGUCGAGGGAGAAUUGGAGAGAUAGGCCUGCUGGAGGAGGAGGAGGGCAGGGCUUGGUGUGGAAGAGAGUGUUUGGAGAUAGGGAUGUUUAUCAUGUGUUUUUUGAGUCGUGCUCGCUGGAGUAUGGGGCGGAGGCUUUGAGUAAGAAUCAGAGAACUAUUGCGCAGGCGAGGCUGAUGGAGUGGGUGCCCAAGGUGGCGAGGCUGGAUUGGGGAAUGAUUAGUCGCAGCCAUCAUCGCGAGGUCGAGGGGAAGUUCAAGUCGACCGGUGGAUUUCUGGAGUUCGUGGCACUGAAGAUGGUGGACUUCAAGGACGAUUUGCUCAUGUAUCGGUGCUUGAUCGACUUCUUCAGCUUGUUGCUCAAGACUACGGCGGAUCUGGACACGCACACCAUGGCUCAGCACGACUCGCUGGGUUUGCAGUACCUCAUCAUGCACGGCUUGCAUGCACGCACGGCGGCUAUCUACCUUCAAACUCAACCAGUCGAUCCUGCAGAAGCUAUGCUACUCUAUGGUCCGGCAGCGAAUUACCUCAGCACAUACGCAAGCGUAUACCCGAAGCACUACCUGGCCUGUCAAAUGGCGAAGCAAGUCAACGAGAGGCUGUCACAUACUCUGGACCUCACGCCAGGCAGCUGGGCUCACAACGAUUCGCCAAAGCACGAUCUUCACCUCAUUGCCAGUGUGCCUCGUCAGUCUCUCAUGCCUUAUGACAAGAGUCCCAUCGCCUUGCUGCCCUGCAAGACCACGAAUGCCGAUGUCCUCAACACUCUCGCCACUAUAUUCCAUGGCCCGGAAGAGCACGUCGUCACCUUCCCAGCCACCGAAGUCAAGAACGCCGAACAAGACGCCAACGAAGGCGCUGCGGCCCGCGCAAUCUACUUCUACUACCUCGCCGCCCAACCUCACUUUUGGCGCGACAUCGUCAUCCACGCCGACACCAUUGCCCUCCGCGACCUCGCACUGUCCGCAAUCCGCUGCAUCACCACCAUCAUCAACGCGAACUGGUCCAACACCACAACCCCAGCAACAAUAACCUACCUGCUCCCCUCCACCACCCUCGCCACCCCAACCUCAGGCCACCUGGCCAUCCUCUCGCCUCCAGCUCUAGAACACAUUCUUCCCUACCUCCUCUCCCCACCCAAGACUUUCGCGAACUUGGUAGGCGGGCGAGGCGAUGCGGAAAGUUCUGCUUACCAAGUUGCGGUCGCGAAGUUCGAGGCGUUGAAGGCUUUGGAGGUGAGGAUGAGGGGGCAGGUGGAGAGGAGUCCGGAGGAAGGGUUUGAGGAGAUUUUGGGAACGGUGCAGAGGAGAUUGGGGAUGGGGGUUUUGCCGCAGGGAGCGGAGGUUGGUGGGGCGGUUGGGACGAUGGAGUUGUGA